AUGUCUGAGGAUCAGCUACCCUCGCAGCUCCAAGCUGCCGAGGGCACUCCCAUCGCGCAAUUGAGCCCCGAAAUUCAGGAUACCAAAUCGCGCGUCGUCCGUGGCGUUGUAACGAUCACCUGGCCGUACAGCAUUAUCAACAAAACAGUCGCUUUUCUCCUCGCCGAACCCGACUUCCGAUUGCGCCGCGCCAAGGGACAGGUGCGCGUCGAAUUCAGUGGAUCAAGCGCAAAGUCCGUACAGGAUGCUGGAUUGGGUAGCGGCGAUGAGGUGAUGCUCAGCUUGGAUGGUGUUGAGCUGGUUGUGGAUGAUUCCAAAACGCGCGUACCCGGUACAAGCCUAGGAUGGCAGUUGAAGUUCAAAGAGCGGCUUCUGCUCCAGGCGAAAAUCAGCGACUCGGAAGAAGUCAAGCUCAUCGACAUCGAUCAUCCUGUCGCCGCCGAGCCAGCCGCCGAGCCCGAACCCGAACCCGAUUCUGAACAGUUGCCCGCGUCGGUCCUCGAUUCGUUCAAAGAGCCCGCCAAGAGCCCAGAACCUCUUAUUGCAACGCCCGUGCGGAGUGUUUCUGCGAAGCGAUCGGCCGACCAGAGCCUAGGCUUGGACGAGUAUGCUUCGCCCGCAUUCCUGAAGCGCGCGAGGAUGUCGUACGGAUCCCUGUUUGCAGACAGCCAGGACAUAUUCGAGGAAGACAUCUCAGCGAAGGCUCGGGCAAAGAAACGGACCAAGACGGGUAGAUACAGCGGAGUCUGGAGAUAUGCAAGUCAAUCCCCAAGCCCUGAGCCGGAAGCCCGCGAAGACGACAAGGACGAGGAGGAUGACACACCAAUGGCGGACGAACAACCAGCAGCAGCCACGCCAACAGCCACGCCCUCCCGACCGAAGAUGGUUGACGGAGCUUGUCAAACCAUGGAGCUGGACGCGAGUCCUCCGAGAGACGUCCAAGUCGCCGCAGAGGCUCGGCACGACCCUUCACAGUUUUGGCAGACACCUUCAAAGUCAACCAUGAUUGACUCAGGCGUACAGUCAGAUCUGAAUCUGGGUAUGCCAUCGGAUCUGCAUGACAGCUUUGUGCAGACUGCACCGAUACCGAUGUUUACUUCCGCGCACGAGCACUACCCGCAGGCUUUUGAUCAGCCAUCUCUCGGUCCACUGUUUAGCCACGAGAUCCAUCCGUCAGGCAUGGAGCCGCAGUACAAUGCCGAUGAACCAUUUCAUGAGCACUCGGACUCCUAUCCGGAAGCAGGACUUGAGCACGGCGUUGAAUCUCAUGGCCAAUAUCCCACGUCGUUCCUUGAGGCGCACCAGUUCGAUCCACACCUCGCUGCCACUACUCAGCCUGCUUCAGAGACGAUGCCAGCUUAUGAGGAGCAUCAUACGCCACAGGGACAUCCGGCUGAGCCUGAGCAUCACACCGAGUUUAUUGAUGGGAUUACCGAACCGCAACAGGUGCCUUGGGGUAUGACGUCGAUGCAGCGCUCCAGAUCGCCGACGAGGCCAGUAGACGGACCCACAGCAGGCUUCAGAUCGGUCAAUGCCGAGGCGAAGGCCGAAAUUUCUACAGAAGACCAAGCUGGAACACAAGCCAUCCCAAGCGAUAGCUGGCGUGAGGAUCAUGAGCGCCAGACCGCAGAGCAUCAUGAAGAUCCGGAAGGCAAGCAGGCCGCCCUUAGAGUUGAAGAAGAUCAGGUGUCGGAGGACCACGACGGACCUGAGGAAGAGGUGGGCUCCAAGACGUAUGCUGAGAGGCACUGGGAGACGAUUGAACAGAAGGCAGCGGAAAAAGCAGCCACUGCAUUGGAGGACCCUCAAGAAAGCAGUGAGGGUAGCGACAGUGGCAGUGGUGACAGCGAUGCCGAAGCUGAAAACGAAGAGGACAACGCCGGCGGGGACUACGACAUUACCAACUACCGCAAUCUCAGCAAUAAUCAAGAUGAUGACGAUGGGUCAGACCUUGAGUCUGAUUAUGGCCGAGAAGACGAGGAAGAGAUUUACGACAGCGAUGUUCAGGCCAACGAAGACGAUGAGGUGGAUGAAGACGCUGAAGACGCUGAAAACCUCGGAGAGUACGACGAGUACGAAGAGGAGGAAGAUUAUGACGAAGAGGAGGAUGAGGAGAAUCAACCUCCUCCUGCCUCAACGGCCGCCCCCCAAGUGAUCAGCUUGUUGUCAGACUCGGAAGAUGAUGACAAUGAGCCUCCACCUGCGGCUCCAGCAGCACGACCACAACAAGUGCCACAAUAUGAUGGAUCAUCCGACGAAGAGGACGCGCCGGAGGACGAAGAGGAGAGCGACAAGGAAAAUCUUCGUCAGAACCACCAAAUUUCAUCACCCGUGAUAUCGGACGAAGAGAGUGAAGGGGAGGACGAAUCAGACCAAGAGCCGAAUGUCGGUACUCCAACACCCAGACCUCGCGAGUCCAGAGGCGCACCUGAAAAUUUGUCAGAAGUCAAUACGUCUUCACCCCAAGCUGCCGUUAGCGACUCUGCAGACAUGACGACGGCCACCGUCGGCGAGGACUUCGAGACAAUGAGCCCUAUUAAAAUACCGCAUAUAGCAGAACAUGCUAAGGAUAGUAGCCCUCGACCGGUCUCCCGAGACGAUCCCGAGAUGCUGGAGGCGGAGCUCGAGCACGAGUUAGAGGAGGAAAUUGCGGCCGAAGAAGCGCACCACGACCAAGAGACAACGGAUGAGCCAGCGGUCAAGACAGUUGCAGCCGACGAGACCCGAAGCGAAGAAACAUCGGAUCCCGCAGCCGUGAGCGAACCUACGAACAUCGAAGUUACUAAAGUCCAGGUGGAAACCACUGUUCAGACGGAAGAGGUCAGAGAUGCACCCGAAGAAACGGGUGCUGCUGAGGUAGAUCUGGAACCUGCCGACAGGGGUGCUGCUGAAGCGACGGACAUUAACAUGGCGGACGCAGACGAAAAGCCUGUCGACGAGGUCGCUAGAGGGGGACCUGAAGAGUCCGAGAUGGACGUCGCAGAGGCCGAUGAGUCUCUGCUAGACGAGGAGAUGGACCAAGAGCAGCUCAUCCAAAGUCAGCUCGAGGACGAGACCAUGGCAGAAAUCCACUCGCAGACGAUCAUCACACUAGAAGCCGAAGCAACUGAGCUCGAUGAGACCUCGCGAAUUGACGAUGAGAUGGACGAAGACGCUUCACCCAGAGGCUCGCCAGAGCUGCAGGUGAAGGAGAAACUGCAGGUCGAGGUCUCCACCGAGAUUCUUGUCUCUGCGUCGCCAAAAGAUCAAGAAUCACGCCAGCAUCAGUCCGAAGAUGCAAUGGACGUAGACGAGGCCCGAACCGGACAAGCUGAGAUGGCCUCCCCGCCUCCAACUCAGGCUCAAUCGCAACCUGAGGAGGUUGUAUCGGCCGAGACGCAAGAUCCUCGAGCCAGUGAAGACCACGAUGAGGAUAAUGAUGUCUCGCUGGUUCAACUGCCAACACCCAGAGAAACGCAAGUGACGGAGUCAUUUGUCUCCCAAUCAGUGGUCGAUACUCAGGACACGGAAGAAAUUGUCGCCGACAGACCUUCCCCAGAUUCCACCAGCAAGAGGCGGGUAGAAGAGGAGACUCUAACGGCGACUGUGGAAAAUCCGGAGAACCCUGGCGACGCAGCUUCACCUAUCAACGAAGACGCAUCUCAAAUCCGAGACUCCUCGGCGCAACCGUCGGAAGCGCAUUCAUCUCUUAUCGCCGAGGAUCUCGCGGAGGAGAUCAACACCGCCCAGCCAAAUCCGAGGCGAGGGCGCGGACACCGAAGAAACAAGUCAGAUAACAAGGAUCUUGAUCCUAGCGUCAAGCUGGCCCGUGCAUCAAUCGCAUCGCGACGUUCUACGCGCCUAUCAGAUCGCACGACCCCUGACAGCACUCGUGUUACCUCCCGAGCCAGGUCGCAUAGCCUCGCAUUCAGAAGUGACUCGCCAGAAGAUGAAGACGACGAAGGCGUGCAGCUCGCCAGGGCCGCGAUCAAGUCACCAUCGCGAGCAGCAGCGAGAGAGAAAGAGGCACCCGCAACCCCGGCAGGUGACGCCUCCACCACCACCACCGCCUCGUUGAAGUCGCAGCUUACAAAGUCGCUACAAGACGUGCCCGACUGCAUAUCACUAAAGGUGCUCCGCAACCACCCGGGUAGGGCGGUGGACGUGCUGGCGAUUGCGACGACAGAGCCUCCCGAGGCUAAGCGGGCCAAGGGUGGACCGCGAGGCAUCAUGCUGGCGUUCAACAUCGCGGAUCAUUCCGUCGCGCCCACGCAGACGGUGCCUGUGCACAUCUUCCGCCCGCACAGGGCGGCGCUGCCCGUCGUACACCCGGGCGACGCGGUCCUCCUCCGGCACUUUAGCAUCACGUCGAUGACGGGCCGGGGGUUUGGGCUCCGGGCCAACGACGGCUCGAGCUGGGCGGUGUUUGAGCGCGACAGUCAGGAUGACCUACCGCAGAUCCGCGGGCCGCCGGUGGAGCUCUCGAAGCAGGAGACGUCGCAUGCGGCUCUGCUCAAGCAAUGGUACAGCGGGUUGGACGCGAAGGCGUUGGCCAAGUUGGACAAGGCCAACGACGCGACUCCCGCGGCAGACGCAGGGAAGGAGGACGGCAAGUGA